AUGUGGUCUCGCGUCGCUAUCUGUGCUGUUCUGGUAGUCUUUUCACAGUUCGAUCUGUUGAAUGGCGAGGAGAGCAGUAACUUUUUCCUAAAAGCUUCGAAAAGUGUUCCACGGAUUGGCAGGAACAAGGGUACCAAUGCCGAUUUUGAAAAGUUCUUCCUGAAAGCUUCCAAAUCGGUACCGAGGAUUGGCAGGAGAAACCAGAUUCCAUUUGGUAAUGAUCAGGAUGAUGUGGAAAUUACGGAUAAAAUGUUCAAAUAUCCCACAUGGUCUGAAAUUACGGACAAGUAUGAGUAUGAACCAGACAUGUUUAACCCGUCCGACAUGGAAAAAGAAUUCGGAGAUCCUUCAGUUUUCGACUGGGAAAAAGUUCGCAUGAAAAGGAGAACACCGUCAGGUUUAGCUAAUUUAUCAUAAAAUGC